GGGAGGGUCGAGCAUUGAUCACCAUGCUACCUCACUGCGGAUUGGCGAUCCUAGACCAACCAAUAUUUCGAAUUCAGGUUUCCUUCCGUAGAAUAAUGAGAGAGUAAAUCGAACUUUCAUAAAGUCACUUUGUCAUUUGUCUGGAUCGAACCUGCAACCAUCAAGCAUACAGAGUGGCACCAUGACUUUCUUAGAUCCAAUACAUAGAUAAUAAUGUGCACUUCCUGUGGGGGUAUGCUGAUGCACAAUGUUUUCAAAAUACCUUUUUCUGGGUCUAUGACCAUUGAUCCACAAUAAUUUACCUGACAUACAUUUUCUGUCGUUCUAUUAUAUUUAAGACGACACUUUGCGUCUUGUAAAGGUGGGACAUAGCGCUCACAAAGGUCAGGGAAAGUAACCGAACUAUUUUGUAGAGCAAAGUAAUCACUGCAAUGCAUGGAACAAGUUGAUAACAAAAGUUGUCACUUCGCCUUGGCAACACAAAACUGUACUUAGCAACGCGACUAGCAAUAUUAUUUUAUAGAUUUUUUCAUUCAUUUUCUAAGUAUAUAUCUUUAAUUAUUGCAAGUACAAAAUGGCGUGCAACGAGAAUGUGAUAAAGAAUAUGGCUCAAGAAAUAACACGGAACUGCCAAACUCACAACCUGGUUGUGGAUCCGGAGUUUGUUGUGUACCUCAUAGACUUGCUACUCCUCAAUCCGAAGUAUGGUAAACUAUUCGCUAAGACUAUCAAUAGGAACAACUUAGCAUACUUUGUAGAGGAAUGUGUUACGAAGCUUGAGCGCGGAGGUACAGCCUUAAACACAUUAAAGAUCCAGUUUAUCUUGCAAACGAAUUACGACAAACUCCAGCACUUGAUCGACAAGCACCUGAAGACCAUACAGAAGUGCUUGCAGCCCCUCCACUCGGAGAUCCUGGACGCCGAUCCUGAUCCGACGAAUGAGGCUGAGAUGAAGAAGCUAUUCCGCAAGAUAUCCAUCUACAUCAUACUUGCAAGUGGGCUGGGGAACCCUGGCUAUAUUAUUACUUUAAAAGAAGGCAUGGCGGCGUUAGAGAGCGUGUUCUUGCUGGACGACCUGAAGACAUUCGUAAGCCUCCCGCGAUCUGAGAAGAGCCUUCAGUUGGAGGACCUGCUGGCCCUCGUGUCCGGGGUCCGGCUCUUCAACAGGGACUGCAAGAAAGGGGGAGAGGGGAUACCCGACCUUCCCUUCAACCUGGUGGACGCCGGCAAGGCGUGCAUGGCAUCUCUCUCGCACUCGCUCAUCACGGUGAUGCAGCGAGUGAACAGGCUGACCACAGCCAUCGAGGACACGAUCGUCGUGCAGGAGGAGACCGGCAACGUCAUCAUUGACUUAUCCAAGCACCCUGGAAUCAGCGAGGAAGAUUACCACGAGAUCUUCGACCUGCUGGCUUUCAACCGCCAAUACGAGGUGUUCAUCCGCAAGCUGCUCUCGGACGUCGAGUCUAUGACGCAGAAGGGUGCGCAGUAUGUGGAGCGAGUGAAGGCGGUGCUGGAGGAACUGCACACGGCUGUCAAGUACAAGGCCGCUGUGCCUGUUGUUAAUGUGUUUCCUCUAUUCGCGAAGCUAUGGAAGGUGUGGCGAGCGAUGCAGAACGUGAUGUUCCUGGUGUCCACGGUGAACCGCCUCAUGUCCAUCCUCGGCAGUAUCCAGGACCUGAUCAAGAUGCCCUAUCAUUUCCUAGACAAGAUGCUGAAAGGGAAACCUGUGGUCUCUGAUCAUACACGGAUGACCUAUCGUCCGAGUACAGAAGACCGCUUGUCUCUGGGUUCCUUGAAAAACUAUGUCGCCGGGAGUACCGAGAGCGUUGGCACCAAACCGGCGGAAUUCCUAGGCUUCUGCGCGUUAUGCCUGAGCGCGGGCGCGCUGGUGCCUAGCAACAUGAAGAUCGGACUGAUCAAGGCGAAGGGAGGCUGCUACGGGUUCUGCAGCGUCAAGAUGGCUGCUAGGUUCAGCAAGGACCCAGAGAGGUACAUAAACGAGGUGCUGAAUUACGCCCGCAACAACCCUCACCUCAUCAACUUACUUAACAUCGUUGAGAACGUGUUCAACGUCAAGGAUAUUGACGAUCUGGUCGUCAUACGUGUUCCGAAAAUCAAGGUGUUCGACAAGGACAUUCAGACGGAGGACCACCCGGUCGAAUCGUAUAAAGAGAAGAACUACACGUCGGACCUCUGGGAGUGGAAGAGGAGGGCUUGCCAGUGGGCUUCGAUAGUAAACUGUCAAACGCAUUCGACUCAAACAUACUACAGCCACCUUCGCUCUGAGGUCCACUGUCAAACUGUGGAGCCGAGGGACAAGUGUCUCCAGACCAAGAAGGAUACGGGCAUGAACACCGUCCCGUGGAACACGUACAUAUGGGGUCUGCGAGGACAGAAGGGCUGUGUCCAACACACCAUGAAGAUGAAACAACGGACCUCGUUGCCGAAACCAAGAGAGGAGACCACUAUGCGUUUGCCCUGUCUGGAAUUCAGAGACAGUUCAACUGACGUGUUGACGAUGCAGAGCCAUUGUUACUAAAUAGUUCAAAGAGCCAAGAUUAUCUAUUAAGAGUCGUUUUUACUCUAGUAAAGUAAAUAAAUUUAGUAACGUCAUAUGUUAGUCACUUUUCUAAAAUAAAAGUAAAUGCGUCGUCACGUCACUAUUUUGAUAGAUUUGCAAUCGUAGUAUAUUUUGUCGAUCUAAAUAUUUGUAAAGAUUUUGAGCA